AAAAAAAUCGGGGACGGGGAAAUUUUAAAUCCUCCCUCCUCAGUGAGCAAAAGUAACAAAGGGUUUCGCUCUUGAAAAUAUCCAAUUCUUUCGCCCUUCUUCCUGCUCUUUUUUGUGGUCGUCUUUGUGCGAUCAAUGAUGCACGUUACGUUUCCCCAAUCAUUUCAAAUAAUGUCGACGUCCUCUCACCCACUCAAUAGUACUCAUUCGUAUACAUAUGGACCCUCAUAGCAACUUCAACCUUUUCCCCCCCCUUUUUUCGCGUUUCAAUGUCGUUCGGUACAUAAGAUGUACAAGUUAUAUCACACCCACCACCUGCUCGUAAUACUUUCAUGCUCCCUCCCUCAUGCCUCCGCCUCUUUUUCCCUCGUCACUGGUUCAAACCCUCAGGACUUGGUACCAACAAGUUCUCGGUUCAUUCGGUUCCUGAUUUCUUUCUCUUUUUCGGUCGACUUCAUGCUAACCUACACAUUUAUAGCUUGUAUUUCCCUUACAUAAUACCCUCUUUCUUUUUUUAGGCGCUUGUCUGUAUCCUCAAUGAUCCGCUAGUUUAAAAACAAACCAGC